AUGGAGUCGGAAUUUAAUUUUUAUUUAACUCCAAUGUGUUUAGAGAAACCAGUUUGUGAAGAAUAUAUGAUGGAAGAGGAAAUUGAUAAUGAUUUAUCUUUCGGUUGCAAUUCACCAUACAAAUUUGCUCGUUCAAAAUUAUGCUUGUGGUUGGCGAAAACAAUAUUAGUCGAAUGUUGUUCUCGAUUGGAUGCUGGUUUUGAAAAAAGCUCUCUUACAUGUCGUUUGGUGAUAUUAUGGCAGCAUUUACUAAAUGAGCCGGCUGUUGAACUGGAAAACAUUCUGAAUAUUUUGGAACAUGUGCGAGUUGACUGUAUUUCCGUAACAACAGCUACUGAAGCACUCCUUGAAAGAAUGUAUGCUCAUUUGCUGUACAAUCAGGUCGAUAGAGCUGAAAUUUGUUUAAAUAACGCUUUGAACAAUAUCGGUCUUGAAAUUGAAAUGAUCGGAGUUUUGGGUAAACGUACUAGAUUUCAAGAAGAUUUUAUGCCUCAACUUAUCGCCAGAGCUGUAGGUGGUGAUAAUCUGGAGAACGCUGACGCACCGGAAAAUGAUAGCACUCUGCCGCCAAAUGUUUUGCUUCAUGAUGACUCAUUGCUAGAAAAUGUACUCGUUGCUGAAGUAGAUGCUUCAGCCAGUCGUACUAAACUAUCUUCCCUAAGUUUGGCAUGUAUGCUGGCUUCUGGCGUGCUUGAACGAAAAAUUCAAAGCACUGAGGACUUAAUAAUUGCCCAGCGUAGGAAUUGGGCGGUGCAGACUAGUGCUUUAUUGCAGCGUUCAGAAUUUGAGAAGAUUAGCAUGCACCGAGUGGAACGUGCAUGCAUGCAAAUGGAAUCAUUGUCAAAAUUGGUGAACAGUAUAGGGAUUAAAGAGGUGAAUGAGAGCACUUUAAGGAAACGCUUGAAGUUACUGCUAGCAAGUGGAAUGAAGCCAUUUUGGUAUAUUGAUCUCGUUCAUGCUCAACUCCUUCGUUCGAUCGGAUGCACAGCGGAAGCCUUGAAAAUAUUCGAAAAGCAGGAAGAUUGGAAUAAUGUUAUUGACUGUUAUCAAUCACUUGGUCAGUUGGAAAAGGCUGAACGAUUAGUUCGUAAUCUCCUUGCCAAGAAUGAGAACGAAUCAAUUUACUGGUGUCUUUUAGGCGACAUUCUUCAAGAGCCAAAUGCAUACGAGAAGGCGAUUGAGGUUUCGAAUGGCCGUUCAUUUCGCGCCCACCGAUCGUUGGGAUUGCUAAUGCUUCAACGAAAACAUUAUAAUAUUUCAUAUCAUCAUUUGAAACGUAGCCUUGAGCUUCAGCCGAUCAGUCCAUUCGCCUGGUUCAAUUUUGGUUGUUGUGCGUGGAAGCUCGAAAAAUGGAGAGAAGCCGCGAAAGCUUAUCAAGAAUGUGUACGUUAUGAACCAGCGCAUUUCCAAGCGUGGAAUAAUCUUGCCGCUGUAUAUGAAAGAUUAGAUAAUGCAGAGCGAGCUAAAGCUGUUUUACAAGAAGCUCUGAAAUUGAAUUUCGAACAUAUCAAAUUACGAGAAAACUAUAUUCUUCUUUGCAUUCGCACGCAUGAUCUUUCGUCAGCAAUUUCUACAUUCCAUGCGAUAUUAGAUUUGGAGAAACAAUAUAAAGAUGAUGCUAUAAUUGAAGCUCUCACACAAAAAUUAUUCAUUCUAAGAAAAGUGAGCGGAGGAUCCGCGAAACGCUUAACAGAUAAGAUGUGUGAAUUAUUGGGUAGAAUAACUUCGCAGCAAACUUGUUCUUCAAUAGUUUGGCAUUGUUAUGCAGAGCUAAAAGAGCCAGAUUCAGAGUCGUCCAUGAAAGAUUAUGAAUUUUACGUUAAGUUGCUGGAGCGCGCUUUUAGGGCAUGCUAUAAUAAACAAAAAAAAAUGUUACAUUUCUUUUUUCCGGAUUGGCAUAAAAAUGUUGAUUCAUGUAUCGUUGUUUUGAACGCAGUCAUGAAAUUGGAAGAAUCCAAAAAAGUUUUGUCGGAAAUGAAGAACAUUGAAGGCGAUCUGGCGAAAUCCGAAAUUCGAAUAACUCUUCGGCCAAUUAUUGCAUCAAUCGAGAAAACAUAUGGUGUAGAUGCUAAGGAAACUUCGAACGCAUGCUUAAAAGAAUCCCUAUUGAAAGUGAAGGCAUUUUUAUCCUCGUGUUUGUGA